AGUGCUUCCUUUUGUUCUGAAAAGAUGUUGAUAUGCAAGAGUCAACUAUAAAUGGAAUAUAAUGAAUAGUACGUAGACAGUAGAUAUAUUAUUUAACUCUGUGUGUUGAAUAUGAAAUUUAGUUUAUUCAUACGCUUCAUUUUACUAUAGUUACAAACAUAUACCUUUUAAAUUACAUAUAUAGUAACACUGUAAUUAUUACAAAUUAUGUCAAAUAUGAUCAACAAGUUUACAUAAUAAAAUAACAAUAUUUUAAUUCUUUUACAGACAUGUCGCAGGCUUCGCCAUUUAAAGCCCUCACAUGACUGUUGCCCUAUCAUAGACUUGGAAAUCUUGGCUUAAAAACUUAUAUAGACAGCAUUUAUAGAAAGAGUUCAAUAUUUUGUGAAAAUAAUAUAAGCUAAGGUGAGUAAGUUUUGUUUUUAUAAAUACUCAGUAUCAUAUAUUUGUUCUUGAAAAAUAUAUAUUGAUUUUAUACUUUAAAUUUGAGAAUUUAUAAAAGGAAAAAUAAGAGUUUUAGCGCAAACCUUGAUUAUUUUCAUAAAUUUUCAGGAUACAGUAACACACAAUCUUUAUGAAAGCACAUUGAGCCUAAAAGAGUGAUAGGUACAUGAUUAAUUUGGAUGUCAUAAAUUAAGUGGAAGAAGAUGGAUUGUCCAAUUUGCAAGGAAGAGCUUGAUCCAGACGACAAGAGUAUCUCUGCUAAACUGCGUGAAAAAGGCUGUGUAACAAUUAAUGCAUAUGCUGAGAAAAACCAGGCUGAAUGGAGAGUAAUUCCUGGAGACUAUAUCCAUAAAGAUUGUAGAAGAAAUUACACACAUCCAAGAACUCUUAAAGAAAUUACUGACAAUAAAUCCCCAGCAGAAUUGCAACCUUAUACCAGGUCAAAUUACAAAUUUGAUUUUAAAACUAAUUGUCUGUUUUGUGGUUCUCCUGCAAAAUUAAUUAAAGUUAGUGCAAAUCAAAGAAAACGAAGUCGUAAUGACGAUGUGUACCCAGUCACAGAAUUAGAAUUUCAGGUGACAAUUGACAAUGAUAUCAAAAAGAGAAAUUAUGACAACUUGGCCCAGCAGGUAUUUGGUAGAAUUUCCCAUGUGAUAGAUUUACCAGCAGCAGAUGCUAUCUAUCACCAAGCAUGUAGCUCCAAUUUUCGAACUGGUAAAGGAAUACCUAAACGUUUUUCAGGAGAACAAUUAGAUGGUACUAGUCCAUUUAAGAAACAAAAGAUAAGUCCUAAGAGAACCCCAGUUGACGUUAUGGAAUCAUUUAUAAGCGUAACUAAAUAUAUUUAGGACAAUGAGGGAGUUAUUCUUACCAUUGGUGAACUUACCACAAUGAUGGAAAACCUUUGUGGUGAUUGUGCAUACUCUAUUCCUCAUAUGAAAAAGAAGCUUUUAUAUCAUUUUG